UGUCAGUAAUAACACUUCUCUUAUGUGUUGCCUUUAGACUUGUAAUACUUUUUACGGAUGAGUUGGGGCACAUCUCCCACUGGAGAGCCAUCGUGGCAGGAAGCCUGGCUGGCAUGGUUGCCACCAUCGUGACAUACCCCACAGACGUGAUUAAAACACGGCUCAUCGUGCAGAACCGACUGGAACCAUCUUAUGAAGGAAUUCUUCAUGCUUUUUACAAAAUUUAUCAUCAAGAAGGACUCCUGGCACUCUACCGUGGUGUUUCACCAGCUAUACUGGGUGCUGUCCCAUUUUCUGCAGGCUCACUCUUUGUUUACAUCAGUCUGGACAAAGUCUGGCAAGAACCCAUAGUUCACUUCACUCCUCUUCAGAACUUCAUAAAUGGCUGUGUAGCAGCUGCUGUGGCACAGACACUUUCUUUCCCCUUUGAGACUGUCAAGAGAAAGAUGCAGGCCCAGAGUCCUUGGCUUCCCCACUAUGGAGGAGUUGAUAUCCAUUUUACUGGCAUGGCUGACUGUUUCCGGCAAACCGUGAAGAUCAAAGGUGUGCUGGGACUUUGGAGUGGUCUCACACCCAGUCUGCUCAAGAUUGUCCCAUACUUCGGCGUUAUGUUUAGCACCUUUGAAUUCUGCAAGAGGGUCUGUUUGUAUAGAAAUGGUUAUAUUGAGUCUCCUCUAAAUUACAAGCUAACUCCUGGCGUGGACCAGAGCUUGCAGCCUCAAGAACUGAGAGAAUUGAAGCGCCACCGAAGGGAAAAUUUUGAAUCGAGGAAAUCAGCUCUUGAAAACUGACAUCAGAGUGUCCAUUGCAGACAUACAACUACCUUUCUUAAGGAACUUUGCAAGAAAGACAUGCUGAGCUACAGGUACCUGCGUGGGUUUGGUACUGAGACACCUGUGACAGGGAAGGAUAAGUCUUGUAUUUCAUUUGCUGAAUGGAUAUAAA